GUCGCCCCUCCGCCGAUCGCACCGCUGCACAAAAUCUUUUGGAAGCCUCCAUCCCCAUACACUCUGCCGCAGAUGGGUCGCCCCGAUUUCAUCAAGGCCGCCUUGAAGAACAUCAAGGACGAUCUGGACAACCUUCCUGCCGAAUACUUCCAAGCGUCGUUAGCAGUGAAGAACAUCACCCCGCGGACAAUGGCGGACGGACAUAUCGUCAAGUUCAACAAGGUGGGUUACACCCACCGAGGCAAGGGACGCUCGAUUGCGUACAAAUUCUACGUCUUAACCGCCGACGGGACUACCAACAUUGUGGAACUCGACCUCUGGGUCAUGGAACCCGAUGCCACCAACGUGGCGAAGAACAAGCGGGGGCUCUUCGAUUGUUUUGAGAAGCUCGAAGAGUCCGAACCCACUCUGCUCGUAGCCCAAAAGCCUGCCCGGUAGUGGCUUCGGACCGCCAUUGUAGGUGGUAUAGGGCGAUGCACAAGUUAUCGCAUGCCACUCUUCAACAUCUUCGGAUCAAAUUCAAUGCUAUCGGCGGCCCCGUUGACGGCGAACUUUGUAAUAUGUAACAUGAUGUACUGCCGAGUUCAAUCCAGUGUUCAG